GGUGGGUGUACUGUUGGUGUUUUAUAGGGUGAGUGGGUGUACCGGUGGUGUUUCAAUGGAUGAAAGUGAUGGUCAGUAGAACAGAAAGGAAGAGAGAAAGAAAUAAAAAAGAAAAAUACGAAAAUCUUAAAAUUUAACCUGUUUAACAGGUUGUAGGUCAUCAGGGUUCAAUUUAGGAAGGUCCUUCAAUAGUUAGGAUUAUACUAGAAUAAUCCAUAAUUGGGAUUAAUAUUGAAACACUAGCCAUAGUUCGGAUUAUCUAUGUGAAUUUUUCCUAAAAUUUAUAUGCCCAAUUUAUGAAAGAUUCAAACUUUAAAGAAUAAGCAGUUACUCACUACACAACAGAGUAAAUAAAAAAAAUCCAUCAAAAAAGAUGGCAAAUUGGGAGCUGAAGAGAUGUUGCAAUCAUGAACAACUUGUUUUCUUAACCACAACUGCUGUUUGCACUGUUGUCAUUCUUGCGCUAUGGAGAACGGUCUUACUGAUGCCUUUUAAGCUUGUGACUGUUUUCCUUCAUGAAGCAAGCCAUGCUAUUGCUUGCAAACUUACUUGUGGCCAUGUAGAGGAGAUGCAAGUACAUGCAAACGAAGGUGGCAUGACGACAACACGUGGUGGUGUCUAUUGGUUUAUCUUACCUGCUGGAUAUCUAGGCUCAUCAUUCUGGGGAAUGGCUUUAAUACUUGCAUCAACAAAUCUUUUGACUGCGAGAAUUGCUGCAGGAUGUUUAGCCCUUGCUCUAUUUAUCGUUCUUUUUGUUGCCAAAAAUUGGACACUACGUGGAUUAUGUAUCGGGUUCAUUAUUUUACUUGCUGUAAUAUGGGUCCUGCAGGAAACAACAAAAAUCCAUGCCCUCCGCUAUAUGAUUAUGUUCAUUGGUAUAAUGAACAGCUUGUUCUCAAUUUAUGAUAUAUACGGUGAUCUAAUCUCCCGAAGGGAACACACUAGUGAUGCAGAGAAGUUCGCUGAAGAAUGUCCUUGCCUUUGCAACGGUGUGGGAUGGGGUAUCGUUUGGGGAAUAAUAUCAAUACUGUUUCUAUGUAUAUCAAUGUAUUUAGGCCUCGUAAUCCUGUCAUCAGGUUGAGAAGAACCAGAGUGCAGGGUUAAAACUUAUAAAAUAUAGCUAUUUUUUACACACUUGAAGAAGACAAGGGAAGAGGGGAGGGGCCGGGGGUAGAACAAUUAUUGUAUACUUGAUUUUCAUAAAAAAAAAUACUCUUUGUUCAUGCAUAUGCAGAUAUGCUUUGAUCUAAUACCGAAUUACAGGGAAUGUUAUUAACAAUAUGGGGCAUGUUCAUUAGAAAUAAAAAGUAUUCAUUUGGAAUAUAAUGUGCAUGGUGCACAUAGAAGAACCAUAUCAUUCACGUCUAAGGAUUCAAUGUGAGACUAAAUCUUCGCAACAGAUUCUUUUUGAGCUUUGCAUUCACAAUGACUUCUAUAAGUUUGCCGGAUCAAAUAAUAUUGCAAGUAUUUUAAAGGCACAUACCUGUAUAAUUAAGCUAUGUUGAUACUAUAGGGUUCGUUUUGAUUCAAUAUGGCACUUCUCCAUACUUGUAAAGAGAACUUUUUUUUUUUUAAUAAUUUACUUUUCAAAAUUUCUCCUACUUUAUAUAUUUAUAAUUUUAUUUUUAUAGUAAGAAAACUAGAGGAAAAUAUAAGAUGAGAUGAUGUAAUGCACGAUGUUGGCAGAUCAUAUUUGUUAAUAACAAUCAUUCUAUAAUCUUGAAACCGUUGAAUCAAUCUUUUAGCAUAGGUG